ACAGAAAAAGGAUAAAGAUAGCGGUCCGGAUGAACAACAUCAAAAGGCAACACCUGACGAACAACAUACUUCACCUGUUGAAGAUGCAGAAAAGGAAAAGAAACGUUUGAAAGAGGCAGAGGAAAAACGUAUGGAAGAAAUAAAACCUAAAAUUAUGAAACGAAAUGCUAAAGAGGAACGAAUAGCAAAAGGUAAGGAAACACGUGGCAAAGGUGAUUAUCCAACUAUGGAUGAUGUACUCAGCGAUUGGGAUUCGGAAAAGGAUCGCAAAAAGGAAACUAAAGAGGAUGAACAGAAAUCAAAAAUAGUCACAAAUCUUGAAGAUGUUGAUGAUAGUAAGAAGAAUGAUCAGAAACAAGCGGAAAGUGGUGGUGCGGAAGAGGAUAAGAAAGAAGGUAAAAGUGAUCAAAAAUUGAGAUAA